AUGCUUGUCAUGUGUGUGUUUUAGAUAGAACCAUUAAAAACUUACCAGAUUCGAAAUUGACACGUCAAAUUCAUAAUUCGACUGAUACGGACACAAUAAUUUUCCUCCCGAUUUCAGAAAAUUUUGAGAUCGAUUUUCAUCACAUCUGCCCUUGUAGCUCUAUAAAUACACACAAAAAAUUUAAAAUAAAUCCGACCUGAUUCGACCUCACUAAUCCCGACUCACACAUCCGAAUUGACACCUCUGAUUUAGAUAAAGCCUAUAAGGCCGAGGCUAUAAACAACUCAGAAUUGUAAUGCUCAUGCGCUGUGUCUCUCACUCACUCUCACUCUCAAUCACACUUUGAGUAGAAAAUUUUGGAAGUGACGUGAAUCAUGUUCCAGCUUAAUUCAUUUCCUAUUAUAGAUAUUAGUCCUUUGGUUGCAAAAGCUGAUGAUGCAAACAUGGCUCAAGAUGCUGGUGUUUGCGAAGUUGUUAGACAGUUGGAUAAAGCUUGUAGAGAGCAUGGGCUUUUCUACGUGAGAGGUCAUGGCAUCUCAGACUCCCAUUUAAAGGAAGUAAGAGCUAUCGUACGCGAGUUCUUCAAUCUGCCUCUUGAAGAAAAAAUUAAAAUCAAGAUGAGUGCAGCUACUGGAUACAGAGGAUAUGAAGAACUUGAUAAAAUUCAUACCAAUGGUCUUCCUGAUGUGCAGGAAGCUAUUGAUUAUUACAAAGAAUUUGCAGACGGAACGUAUGGAGAUAAGGGAAAACCAAUGGAAGGACCUAACUUGUGGCCAUCUAAUCCUCCUAACUUUCAAAAUACGUUGAAGCAGUAUAUUGACGUUUCCACAGAACUUAGUAGAAAGAUUAUGAGAGGUAUUGCAUUGGCUUUGGGCGGGUCUGGCAACGAGUUUGAAGGUAAUAUUGCUGGCAAUCCAUUUUGGGUUGUACGAUUGAUAGGUUAUCCUCCGGUCUCAAAGGGAUCAGAUGUCGAACCACAACGCAUGGGAUGUGGAGCUCACACAGAUUAUGGUCUUUUAGGAUUGGUUAAUCAAGAUGAAAGUGUAUCAGCUAUAGAGGUUUUGAACAAUUCUGGAGAGUGGAUCUCUGCUCCUCCAAUUCCUGGCGCAACUAUUUGCAUUCUUGGUGAUAUGCUAAAGAUUUUGUCCAAUGGUUUGUACAAUCCUGCUCUUCAUCGGAUCAUCAAUGCGUCCCCAAAAUAUCGUAUUAGUGCAGUUUACUUCUACGAGACUAAUUAUGAUGAAGUUAUUGAGCCCUUGGACAUCUGCGUACAAAAAAGUGGUGGAAAAAAGGAACUUGGCACAGCUGUUUAUGGAGACUAUCUUGUUGCUAAAUUGAAAAAGGCCUAUCCAUUUUAACAUUACUUAAUUACAAGACUAAUGUAAAAUCAUCAAAGGUUGUUUUAAUUUAUUUACGUCUAGGCAAGAGUUUUUAGGCUGCAUUGGCUUACUAAGAUAGCAAUUAGCCGGUCAUUAAUUACAAUCUUGUCUUCUAUCAUACGCUUAAUUGUUUUAUUAGUUAAUAAGCCCGUGGUUUUAUCAUUAUUCUUCAUAUUAUGGUGCAUGUUAUAAUCUGAGACUGUUUGGUUCCAAUGGACAAAUAUUAUUAUGCUUUUCUAUUUACUACUACUAGAUAAAUAAGAGGUGUCUUACCUUAUGACUUGUUUAGUUUACUUUAUUUUUGUUUAUUUGUUAUGAUCUAAACUUAUCUAAUUUGAUAUUAUAUGAUAUUCUGAUAUAAGUUAAUUUGAUUUAGUCUGAUUUGACCAAAAAUAUACUUUGUGAAUUUUAUUGGAAGUGACAUUCAAACCUUUGUGCAUACAUCAUCCUCCACUUAAGUUGUAAAUACUAAAACAACACCACGUCACUUAUCUCCGGUUCCCCUUCACAACACCAUGAGUAUUUUCUUUGUAAUUUCGUUCGUUACCAUUUUACUGGCCUCGUAACAUUUCAUCGGAUGCAUGGUGAGUAAACUCUAAAACCUCCCACCCAGCCCAUUUUCUUUCCCCAUUCUCGGCCACC